AAUUUUAACGUUGGUGAAACCGUCGAUCGCUGAUCAAGUUGACCGGAGUUGAGUCGCCCGAAAAGGACUGAUCGAGAGAUAAUUUGAAACCGUUAGUCAACGAGAUAUAAAGUAAAUUAUGUAAUAAAAAAAGGUUCUCGCGAUCGCGACCUCCCGGAAGACGCGAGGUCGCUUAAAUUUCCUCCGUGAGAAACACUCGUCCCCCGACGAUCUCUCAUCGCCGCGCGCUCUCACGCGUACAAAUGCACGAGGAUGAUUAAUUCUCGCGUGAAACGGAAGACAAAUACCUUCCUUACCCGCCGUACGUUAAAGUGAAACGAGCCGCGCGAACGAACGGACCUUCGCGCGCGCGCGCACACACGCAUACACGCGCGCGCAACCCCUCUCACGUACGCGGCAUCAUUCAUUGCGGUGGCAUAGGUAACCUUGAAAAGGCCACCCUCGGAGCGCUGCUACUUUAGUCCGCCGAGUCCGCCGGGAGUUUACUCAGCCUCCAGCGGCGAUCGGAGCUGGUCCUCGAUGGAGCGUUGAUAGCGGCGGCGCGCGAGACGACUCUCCCACGGCACGGAUUCUCAGGCGCGCCGCAAAACUCCACGGAGAGAGAGAGAAACGGGGGAAGAGAGCGCGCGCGGUGCGUCGUUGAUCGCCGUCGGCUCCGUCGCUGCGCGAAAUGUCAUCGUAGGAGGGAACGGAGUCGCCCGGGUCGGUGACUUGUCGGCGCGUCUACGCGGCGGUUUGCAGGUUAUAUACGUCGGCGCGGCACGUCCCGGCGGCUGGCGGUCCCCGCGAGGAUGCCGAGGGGCUGAACGGUCGUCGCUGAAGGUCGGCGGGUACCCCGGGGGUGGGCGGCCAGCAUGGUGCAGCGUCCGGUCGCGCCACGGCGCAACGUCAGGAUACUGCUGAUCGGCGAGCGCGGCGUCGGCAAGACCUCCCUCAUACUGUCCCUGGUGAGCGAGGAGUACGCGGAGGAGGUGCCGAGCAAGGCCGAGGAGAUCACGAUACCGGCGGACGUGACGCCGGAGCAGGUGCCGACGCACAUAGUCGAUUAUUCAGCGGUGGAACAAACGGAUGAUCAGCUGACGGAGGAGAUCCAGAAGGCGCACGUGAUAUGCGUCGUUUACUCCGUGGACGACGAGGAUACGUUGGACAGAGCUGCCAGCUACUGGUUACCUUUGAUCAGAAGAUGCUCGUCCGACAACCGGUGCCCGGUUGUGCUGGUAGGCAACAAGAUCGAUCUCGUGGACUAUUCUACCAUAGAGGCAGUGUAUCCCAUAAUGAAAGAGUUCACUGAAAUUGAAAGCUGCAUAGAGUGCUCGGCGAAAACGCUUCAGAAUGUCUCGGAAACAUUUUAUUAUGCACAAAAGGCGGUUCUGCACCCGACUACACCUUUGUACAAUUAUGACACACAGGAGCUCACGGAGGAGUGCAAAACUGCCCUCCAGCGAAUUUUUAAAAUAUGCGAUGUAGAUAACGACGGACUUUUAAACGAUAUAGAGCUGAACGCGUUUCAGCAGUGGUGCUUCAACACUCCGUUACAACCGCAGGUGCUGGAGGACGUGAAAGCCGUGCUGUCGAAAAACAUCUGCGACGGUAUAUGUAACGGGUGUGUCACGAUGAAAGGUUUUAUGUACUUACAAUGUUUAUUCAUACAACGCGGGAGGAACGAAACGACUUGGGCUGUGCUAAGGAAAUUCGGAUACGAUAACGAGCUGCAAAUGUCAAAAGAAUAUAUCUAUCCUUCACUGAAGGUCCCGCUCGGCUGUAGCACGGAAUUGUCGCACAAGGGACAGGAAUUCCUAACGUUGCUGUUCAUGCAGCACGACCGCGAUCGCGACGGGGCACUCUCGCCCUUGGAAAUGGAGUCGUUGUUCUCGCGAUGCCUCCUCCCGCCGUGGGGCGACGAGUACAAGUACACUGUGCCCACGAACGAAAAGGGAUGGAUCACGUUCCAAGGGUACAUGUGUCAGUGGGCAUUGCUCACGCUGACGAACGUGCGUAAAACCUUGGAAUACAUGGCAUACCUGGGAUACAACAUGUACCACAACGAGUGCCAAACGAGCGCCGUUGUCGUGACGCGCGAGAAGAAGGUGGAUCUGGCGAAGAAGCAGUCCAGCAGGAAUGUUUACACUUGCCACGUCAUAGGGCCGAAGAGCAGCGGGAAGACUACAUUGUGCAGGACUCUCGUCGACCCUAAGCUCGAAAAACUGAAUGACAAAGUGGUGCCGUCGAACGCCCACGUCACUAUAAACACGGUGCACGUGUACGGGCAAGAGAAGACCAUAGUAUUGAAGGAUAUAAACGUGCUGAACGUUCAGGACGCCUUGACGCCGGCGGAGAUACAAUGCGACGCGGCCGCUCUGGUUUACGACGCCAGUAACUCGAAGUCGUUCGAGUACAUAGCGCGCAUUUACAUCAAAUACUUCGCCGACAGUAAGAUUCCUGUUCUGAUAGUGGCGAACAAAAGUGACCUUUCCGAGGUGAAGCAGAGCUAUCUGUUGCAACCGGCCGCCUUCUGCAGCAAGUACAAACUGAUGCCUCCGCAGCCGUACAGCAUCUCACGGACGAUCCGACGUGAGAUCUUCGUCAAGCUAGCUACGAUGGCAGCCUUCCCCCGCUUUCAAGGAGCGUGGGUAUUAUUUUACCGAGACAGGCACAUAAAUCAAUUCGGCCUAAUGCAAGGGGACUCCCUGGUCUGGUGGAAGGCGGGACUGGGGAUCGCGAUCGCCACGAUCGCCGGCUACGUGAUGAUGCGCGUGCUGAAUACGGAGAAAAGAUAGUCUACCAUAUUUUUCGUGCUACUUGUGCGUGUUUUAACUGCCUCUCCUUGUCAAAUAAAGCGAAAGCCGGAUUAUAGAUAACCGCGUUACAUAGAACGAGUAUAUAAUAUAUAUUCAUAAAGCACACACACACACACACACUAAUUUUCGAGAUAUACAAUAGCUAAGUAUUAGAGAACUACGAUAAAGUGCAAAUACUUUUGCGUAGAGGCGCGCUUACUUGGUUCUGGUCAAAAUACCCGAGUUUUUAUUUGUCGAAUUCCCCCCCUUCUCCCCCAAUGUAUUUCAUCGUGUAAGAGUUAUUUUCAUCCUCUGUAAUAAAUUAUUUGUUUAAUGUAUUGUAAUAUAAAGUGGGAAAA